AUGGAGAGAUUACAACAAUUAUUAAAACAGCAGUCAUUGACACAAACACCCUUUCAACAACAACAACAACAACAGAAACAAAUGCAGAAUCAGUUAUUCAACUCACAAAGCUAUAUGAAUUCUACAAAUUCCCAUGAAAAACAUGUUAAUAACGAAGAUGAUGAUGAUGAUGAAUCAUUACAAGAAUUUUCAAAACCUAAUAAUAACCAAAGCCAUCAACAACAAAAACAAACUCAAUUACCACAACAGACAUCGCCACCUAUAUACCAACAAAAUUUUUCACAACAAGAACAACAAUUAGAACAGUCAACCAAAUCAGAGUUUUCAUUUCGUCAUCAAUCACAAGCACAACAAUCUUCUCAAGCAUCAUCGCUACAACCAUCAAUGGAGCAACCGUCGACAUUGAUGUCUUUGGAAAGUACUCAACAACAGCAACAACAACAACCGACUGAUCAACCAUUCAACCGAAAAUUUCGUCAAUCUUGGCGUAAAACUCCAGAUAAUUUACCAACUAAAGAAUUGAAAAAAGCAACUAAAUUACUAGAUAAUGAUAUUAGUUUACAAGAUGACGAUUAUGAAGAAGAG